AUGGACUUCCCUAAAUCGGAGCACACCCAACCCAUAGCCAUCAUUGGCUUGAACCUCAAAUUUCCUGGAGAUGCUACGUCACCGGAGGCAUUUUGGGACAUGCUACAGAAUGCACGAAAUGCUUCAACGAAAGUGCCGACAUCACGCUUCAAUGUCGAUGCAUUCUACCAUCCAGAUCCAGCUCGUCUGGACAGUAUGCGCGUUCCCAAAGCUCACUUCAUGAAAGAAGAUCCUCGAGCUUUCGAUGCUGCCUUUUUCAACAUGUCUCCAGCGGAGGCGUCCAUUCUGGAUCCCCAACAACGUGGACUUCUCGAAGGGACAUACCACACUUUUGAAAAUGCCGGGUUAGCUAUUGAACGUGUAGCUGGGUCUCGCACCUCCGUUUUCUGUGCCUCCUUUGGUCGGGACAGCGACGCUACCGUAGCUCGUGAUCCCGAGUUUCAGUCCCGAUACCAGGCAACGUCGUCAGGCUCAUCGAUGUUGUCAAACCGCAUCAGUCACUUCUUUGACCUUCGUGGGCCAUCUCUGACAGUUGACACGGCGUGCUCAAGCGGGUUGUACGCUCUGCACUUGGCUUGCCAGAGCAUCUUGACUGGAGAGUCAGAUAUGAGUCUUGUCUGUGGCUCGAACACCUACCUCACCCCUGAAUGCAUGAGCUUCCCACUCAGCAACGCCGGUUUCCUGUCACCCGAUGGACGAUCGUAUAGUUUCGACCGGAAGGCCAACGGCUACGCCCGCGGCGAGGGGUACGCCUUUGUGCUUCUCAAGCCUCUCAAAGCAGCACUCCGUGAUGGAGAUACUAUUCGUGCCGUAAUUCGGGCCACAGGCGUCAACCAAGACGGGCGAACACCGAGCAUCACCCAGCCCAGCGCUGCUGCUCAGGUCGAGCUUAUCAAGAAGACCUACGAGGCAGCCGGCUUGAGUCUUUCUGAGACCGAAUAUGUGGAGGCUCAUGGCACGGGCACGCCAGUUGGAGACCCCAUUGAGGCUUCUGCAAUUGGCCAGGUCUUCCGGCCUCACCGAAAUCGCCCCGUAUGGAUCGGCUCAGUGAAAAGCAAUAUUGGGCAUCUUGAAGGCGCGAGCGGGCUGGCAGGGCUGCUCAAAGCAGUAUUCGCACUUGAGAAGAGUGUGAUACCGCCCAUUGCAGAUUUCGAAGAGGCGAAUCCAGCGAUUGACGUCGACGAGUUGGGUAUUAGCUUCCCGACGAAGCCAACACCUUGGCCAGUGACAGAAUCGGGGAUCCGUCGGGCCUCGAUCAGCUCCUUUGGAUACGGAGGAUCGAAUGCGCAUGCUGUUCUGGAUGAUGCUUAUAACUACUUGCGGACUCAUGGCUUAAGUGGCCACCAUCGUUCCGUGGACUCGUCUCGGAAUAUCACCAACGGUACCUUAAUCAACGGCACCAAACCCAAUGGAAUCAACGUCAACGGAAAAACUCAGAAUGGGAAUAGCCAAGAUGGUGGAGUUUCUACCAACCCCUGUGGUCUCUUGACAUUCUCUGCCGCAGAUGAAGAUGGAACACACAGACAAGUCUCGACACUAGAGAACCAUUUCGCCCAACACCCUACCAGCUCAGCAGAUGCCCUAGCGGACUUGGCGCACACUCUGUCACGUCGCAGUCUCUUGAGUUGGCGCGCUUUCGCUGUCGUCGAGUCGUCAGAUGACCUCAAGUCGACACUUGCAAAAUCCCUUUCGCCAGUCGUCUUCGCUCUGCCUUCCAAAACUCCUGAAUUAGGCUUUGUGUUCACAGGGCAAGGUGCCCAAUACUCGCGCAUGGGUCUUGGACUUCUACAGUAUGAAGUGUUCCGUCAAAGCCUGCUUGACUGCAACGAAUACUUACGAUCCCUCGGAUGCGAGUGGUCGGUUCUGGAAGAAAUGCAACGGCCAGAAAAUUCCUCAACGAUUCACAAGCCGGCGCUUUCGCAGCCACUUUGCACAGCUCUCCAAAUCGCCAUUGUUGAUCUUCUCCGAUCAUGGGACGUAGUUCCUCAAUCCGUUUGCGGACAUUCAUCGGGCGAGAUUGCGGCAGCAUAUUGUGCUGGUGCCAUUGAUCGUCGUUCUGCGUGGAAUAUUGUUUACUUCAGAGGAGUCUUAGCCGAAAGGUUGGCGUCUGACGCAUCGAGGGCCAAGACAACCAUGAUGUCUGUUGGCCUAAGCCAAGAUGAUGUUCUCCCUUACCUUCAAGACGGGCUUUCGAUUGCCUGCGUCAAUAGCCCUGUCAAUGUGACUCUAUCGGGGCCAGUCGAUGCCAUCGAGCAGCUUUUGAGUAAGCUGGAUGGAGAAGAAAUCUUUGCCAGAAAGCUCUCGGUUGAAGUCGGAUACCAUUCUAAAACGAUGGAGGCAGUCGCCGCGGAGUACCAUCAAAAGAUUCAGGAUAUUCAUGCUCCACCACAAGAUUGCAACAAGGCUUCUCAAAAGCUGUCGUCGAUUGCACUGUACUCAUCCACGACGGGAGAGCUCGUACCACAUCUCAAGGUGAUUGACCCGGCAUACUGGGUACGCAACUUGGUGUCGCCUGUUCUCUUUUCCAAUGCCAUCUCAUCUAUGGGCGGAGCCAAGCAAGGUGCACGUCAGUUCUUGGUGGAGAUCGGACCACAGUCCGCUCUGCGGCGCCCAGUACAAGACACACUGGACCGGGUCAUUGGGAAGACCUCUUCAGAUAAAUGGCGAUACUCCUGCAUUCUGAAGAAGGACGGAAACGAUGGCAAGGCACUGUUGGAAGCCAUAGGAUCCAUUUGGACAGCAGGCAUCUCAUUCAACUCGAGUAAGGUGAACGAGGAUUCAAUCCAGCCUAGUCGGAAGCCACAGCUGAUUGUCGACCUCCCUGGAUAUCCGUUCAACCGCUCACGAGAACUUUGGGAAGAAAGCCGACUAAGCCGCAACUAUGCAAACCGACCUUACCGCCGCCAUGCUCUUCUUGGUGUUCGAGAUAGAGAUUGGAAUCCGGAAGAACCAAGCUGGAGACAUUUCAUACGAUCACAAGAGAAUCCAUGGAUCUUGGAUCACGCCUUGAAUGGUUCUCCCCUGUAUCCCGGCGCGGGAAUGCUCGUCAUGGCCAUCGAGGCCGCACGGCAACUUGCCGCUGCUGUAGAGUCUCGAAUCGUUGGUUAUCAACUAGACAACGUGCGCUUCCUCCGCGCCAUCAACGUCAAUGACUCAGAACGAGGAACCGAGGCGAAGAUCGUGAUGCGUCGGCGGAGGCAAGCUACCAACACCAGCGGCCAGAUGCUCUGUUACGACUGGCGCGUCUUUGGCACGAACGGCGACAACUGGGAUGAGUGCGCUUACGGCAGUAUCAAAGUCGAGUUGGAGCCCGAGCAGAGUGUGACCCCUGAGCAGGCGGCUCUCUGUGAAGCUCGCCGUGCUCGCUUCGCUACCACUAUCUCCGACGAAGUGCAAGAAGACGCGGAACAAUGUCGUUUGAGCGUUCACUACAGCCAGCUUUACAAAAACAUGUCUAAACGUUCUGGUUUUGACUACGGGCCAUACUUCCAGCUUCUCAGGAAUAUCGGUUACGACAGGGAUGGCCAUGCUACCGCUACUCUAUCUCUGAGAGACUACACCAAGACUAUGCCAUUUGCCGGAGAAGAUCCAUGUGUUGUCCAUCCAAGUACUCUGGACGCGAUAUGUCAUCUCCAGAUGGUGGCGCUAUCGCAGGGUGGAUGGAACGCCGUUCCCACCAUGAUGUUCUCUCACCUUCGAAAGCUUUGGGUAUCCCACAAGCUUUUCCGUGCCCAGGACAACCCUCAAAUCAAGGUUGCAACCCAUGAGACGAUGAGAGCUUUCAGAGAGGCGGAGUGUCGGACGACAGCCAUGCUUGCUGAGACCUCCGAACCCGUCAUCAUCUUGGACGGUCAGCGCGGCACCGCUAUCUCAAGUCUGUCAAAGACGAAGGCGGGCAUUGGCUCUGACAAGGACUCCAAGCAGUUGUUCUACAGUCUUGAUUACAAUCCAGAUCUGUCGCUUCUGACUGAAACUGAAAAGAGCAAGUAUCUUACCAACGCCUUUAAGCAAGAUCCUCGGUGCAAGGCCCCGGAUAAGGGAAUCAUCGACCGCGCCGACGCCAUUGCACUUCAUUUUAUUGAAGCCGCUCUGAGUGAGAUCGAUCAAGAUGACCAGGCCACGAAGUACCAUGGUCAUCUGGAGCGGUAUGUGGCAUGGAUGCGCCGAGUUCGUCAGAGCAGGGAGAAGUGGACGCUAGAGUCCCGAGGACUCGGCGAUACAAAUAUCCAGGAUAUUCUGGAGAACGCUGACUCUGAGCCCACGCAGAGGCUUACCAAGAAGGUCGGUGAGCAUCUGUACCGCAUUUUGAGAGGGGAAGAGAACGCCUUGCAGAUCAUAUUUGAGGGUAAUCUGGCCGAUGAGUUCUAUCAUUCGAACAUUUUUUCAACCAACAACAGCAAAAUGGGUGCCUAUAUGAGCAUUCUGUCUCACGCACAGCCUAAUAUCCGCGUGCUAGAGGUUGGUGCUGGCACGGGGAGCUCGACUGGUCGGAUCCUCCCAUACUUGUCGGUGGAUGGGGAAGAAUGGGGUCCUUCCAAACCUGUUCGCUUUGGCGAGUACGUCUACACGGACGUGUCAGCCGGCUUCUUCGAGAAAGCCCGCGAGCGUUUCUCCUACGCCGCAGACCACAUGACAUUUAGAAAGCUCGAUCUCGAACAAAAUCCAUUCUCUCAAGGCUUCGACAAGGCGAGCUACGAUGUUGUUGUUGCGGGUAACGUUCUCCAUGCAACGAGCGAUCUGAUACAGACCCUUCGAUACGUUCGAAGCCUCCUGCGCCCUGGCGGUGUCCUUAUCCUUGGAGAGACGGUUAACCUCGACAACGUUCGGGACGGCCUCAUCUUUGGUCUCUUGCCUGGCUGGUGGUUGCGAGACGGGCAGUGGUGGUCUACGAAUGAGGAGUAUCAAGAUCAAGGCCCUCUGUUGACCGAAAAGCAGUGGGAUGUCGUCCUGCGUGAAGCUGGGUUCCCGGGAGUCCAGAUGACGUUUAGGGAUCAUGAAGAAAAGCCGCAUCAUCGUGUGUCGGUCAUGAUGACCUCAAGGACUGAAGACGAAACCACAAGCGAAGAUUACGUCAACGUUGCACCUGAUCAACCAUGCGGAAGCUCGAGCUAUGGGAUCAUCAUCGAUCCAUCAUCUGACAUCCAGGGGGUUAUUGCUGAGACGCUCCAGGAGACUCUUACAAAGGAAUUGGAAGUUCGCGCGCCAGAAGUCAUCACCAUGGCCGAUGUUCUCUCAAACACCGUCCAGCUACAGGACAGGAUUAUCGUCAGCCUUCUCGAGCUCGAAGGCUCCCUCCUCAAAGACAUUCCCGAGCCUACCUUCACCGCCACCAAGAAGAUCUGUCUCGACACCAAGUCAACCCUCUGGGUGACUCGUGGUGCCAGCCCCGACGCAUCGAUUCCCACGUCAGACAUAACUACAGGCUUUGGGCGAAGCGUCUGCUCCGAAAGAGGCGACCAAAACUUCACGACCCUGUCCUUGUCCACGAGUCCCACGGCCAUCUCUAUCCCGAUUAUUGUCGACCACAUCACCCGCGUCCUCAAGCAUCACCGCCCAGGUCUCGAAAAUGAAUCCGAGUUCUCAGAAACAGCAGACGGCGUUCUCUGCAUCCCACGUCUCACCCCAACCUCACACCUUGAGCGAACCCUCUCCCAACGCCACAAGCUGCCACAGCCCAUGACUUACAGCACCACCACGCCCACCCCAGCCAAACCUCACAUUUCGGCAAGUAUCGAAACGCCAGGUCUUCUUGACACACUAUUCUACGCCGAGUCUUCCCAAGAUUCUGGCGAUCUAGCCGACGGCGAAGUCGAGAUCGAGAUCAAAGCAACCUCUCUCAACUUCAAAGACGUCAUGAUCGCCCUCGGCCAGAUCCCCGGGCGCUCCUUCGGGUUUGACGGCGCGGGCAUAAUCACCCGCACCGCCCAAAACAGUGCCCUCCAUCUCGGCGACGCUGUACUAUUCUGCUCGUCCAAGGGUGGUGGAUUCGGCACAUUCGUGCGCUGUCCGGAGCUCCAGACGGAGAAGAUCCCGCAGGGGAUGAGCUUCCACGUCGCGGCGGCGAUACCGGCUGUCUGGUCGACGGCAGUAUACUCGCUGGACCACAUUGCAAGGCUGCAGAAGGGGGAGACGGUGCUAAUUCACUCCGCCGCGGGUGGCGUGGGACAGGCUGCCGUACAGCUUGCGUUACUGAGGGGCGCUGAGGUAUUUGCGACGGUGGGAAACGAGGCCAAGCGGCAGCUCGUGAAGGAUCUGUUUGGAUUGGACAAUGGCCACAUCUUCAACAGCCGCGACGAUACCUUCGCCGAGGACGUUCUUCACGCUACAAAGAACCGCGGCGUGGAUAUUGUCCUCAACUCGCUUGGCGGCGAGCUACUCAGGCAGUCAUGGGAAUGCAUCGCGCCCUUUGGGCGGUUCAUUGACAUCGGCAAGGCGGACAUCAUCGCGAACAACACGCUCCCAAUGGGCCCAUUCAACAAGAACGUCACGUUCUCCGCGGUGGAUCUCGUGGUUGUCCACGAGGAGGCGAAGCCGCUAAUGAAGAAGAUCUUGCAAGAUGUCGUGCGUCUCUUUGAGGAGCAUCCAGGGCUGGCUGAGCCUAAGCCGCUGCACGUUUUCUCCCCGUCGAAACUUGAGGAGGCUAUGAGGUUUCUUCAGGGGGGCAAGAACACCGGUAAGGUUGUGAUUGAUUUUGAUGCCUCUGAUGAGCUAGUGUAUCGGCCUUCGCCGCAACCUGGACUGGAGUUCAGGGGUGAUGCGACGUAUAUCGUUAGCGGUGGACUGGGUGGUUUGGGUCAGGAAAUUGUGAGAUGGAUGGUCAGCCGCGGAGCGAAAAAUCUGCUGCUGCUUUCAUCUCGCGGAGCCCAGGGGCGAGCGGACGCGAUGAAGUUCAUCGAGGAGCUCGAAGGCACCCGCGAAGUCAAGAUCCUCGCGCCAGCAUGCGACAUAACCAACCGCGCUCUCCUCGCCGACACCCUUUGCCAGGCCACAGAAACCCUCCCCCCGGUCAGAGGCUGCAUACAAGCAGCGAUGCUCCUGCGUGACGACAUGCUCGCCAACAUGUCCGCCGCCACCUUCCACGCCGCCCUCGACCCGAAAUACCUCGGCCCCCAGAACCUGCACGAGCUGCUCCCCUCAGACCUGGACUUCUUCAUCAUGCUGUCUUCCUUCUGCGGGAUCAUGGGCAACCGCGGCCAGAGCAACUACGCCGCCGGCAACGCCUUCGAGGACGCCCUCGCGCGGCACCGGGUCACGCGCGGGCUCAAGGGCGUGGCCGUCGACCUGAUGCUGGUCGCCGAGGCCGGGUGGGCCAACGUCAACUACGAGUCCGUCACACAGAGCCUGCGGGCCGGCCACGGCGGCCUGACGCAGGCGCAGCUCAUGGCUUUGCUGGAGAUGCUAUGCGACCCCGGGUACGAUUGCUCGCGGCCUGGUGCGGCGCAGGUCGUGAACAUGGUCGAUAGCCCUGCGGAGCUGGCGCGGAUGACAGGGCUGGGGCUGUUGGACUGGAUGCAGAAGCCGAUUUUCAACAACCUCUUACGCAUGGGCGAGACGGACAACAGUGACGCGGCCGGCGGACGCGGAGCAGCUGGGGAUGACAAGGGUGAUGAGAUUGAUUAUCUUGGUCUUGUCAAAACGGCGGCGGACUUGACUGCGGCCGGAGAGGUUGUCACACAGGGUCUGGUGCAGAAGCUGGGAAAGAGCUUGUCUGUCCCGGCUGAGACACUUGACGUUGGUAAGCCUGCGUAUGUUGUUGGUGUGGAUUCCUUGAUUGCGGUUGAGGUGAGAUAUUGGUUCAUGAAGCGGCUGAAUGUUGAGGUGCCCGUGUUUGAGAUCUUGAAGAACCAGAGUAUCACGGAGCUGUGCCAGCAGGUUGCGUCAAAGGUUCUUCAAGGGACAGCUAAAUAG